AUGCAUAACAACGAAAAGGAAAAACUCCAAAAUUUUGAAAAUGAUAAUGAUGUCAAGAAAACAUCUAAUUAUAAGAAAACAACAAGCAAUGAUUUCAACAAAUUAUAUUGCUCUGUUAAAAAAACAGAAAAAGAGAAUUUACAGAAAACCGAAUAUAAUGAGAGCUAUAAAAUCCCACACAAACAUUGUUCUGAAAGGGAAAUUACAAAUUAUAAAGUGAAUUAUGAUGACAAUGCAACUAAUGAUAAGCUCAGCAGUGAUCAGGCAUCGAAUGAUAAGAUGACCAUUGAUCAAACACCACACGACAGAAUGAGCGGAGACGAAACUUCAAAUGAUAAACGGAGUAAUGGCGAUUUUGAGGACAAAAUAAUAAAGAAUUAUUUAAGUGAACAAAUGAAUAGUUUCGGUUUAAUUAAAAACCAAGAAAAAAAAAAAGGAGAUCAUAAACACGUUAGUGUUAUCAUAGAAAACAACAGCGAUAUGGAUGACAUACCAUUACUAGAAGUGCUUAAGGCAGAAGAGAAAUGCAAAAAGGAAGGAAAAGUGGAAGGUGCCUUAUUAAAGAAAAAGGAAAAAAGUCAUGAUAAUGAUAAAACAUUGAUCCAAAAAAGGCGUUCAUUAAAUAAUUCUAAAUGUACUCAUGAGAAAAAAAAAAAAAAAAAUCAGGAAUCAGGUGUAAGUAGCGAUGAUGAAUUUUUAAUAAAUUUAAUUAAAAAAGAUAGUAUAUUAAAUAAGGAUAAAAGUAAAGAGCUACUUACAAGAUUGAAUAAUUUAAAUGAAAACGAUAACAAUAAAAAUAAAGAUAGCGAUUUUUCUGAUUCAUUAAGUGCAGAUUCAGAUGAACCCCUUUUAGUUUUAAGUAAAGGAGAAAAUAAGAAUAAUGACACGACAAAUAAUGUAGGCAACAAUUUUAAAUAUAACAACAUAGUAAAAAAUAGUAUUCAAGUAAAAGCUAACAAUAAAGUAAUUGAUAAAAAGUUAAAUGAUAAUUCUAAAAAAAAAAAAGAGAAAGCAAUAAAGGAUAACGUAGCAAGAAGUAGUGGUACUAUUAACAAAGAAAAAAAAAAGAUUAAGGAUUUGAAGUCGCCAACAAAAAAUAAGAGGAAAAAAAAAAAAAAUAAUAAUAAUAGAGUAAAUAGUAACGUAAACAAUAAAGUAAACAAUAAAGUAAACAAUAAAGUAAACAAUAAAGUAAACAAUAAAGUAAACAGUAAAGUAAACAGUAAUGUAAACAGUAAUGAAAAAAAUAAAGUAAAACAUAAGCAAAUCCAAAAAAAAAGGACCUCAGAAAAUAGCAACAUAUAUAGUUAUAAUGACAACGACACUGAAACAGAUUCUAUUAUUAUAGGUACAUUUGAUCCUCGUAAUAGAUCAGCGAAAGAAAAACUAGUAGCUCAAUUACUAAUUCGAUGGUGGUAUGUGCUACCUGACUGGCCAAUACCUGACUAUGAUUAUAAAGACGAAUUAACAAAAAGGAAAUUAAAAUUAGUUUCUUUAGAAGAAUAUGAAGAUAAAGAAGAUAUAGAUAAAGAUGGAUUUAGAAAAGUAUAUCAAAUAUCAGCGUUUCCAGGUGUUUUCCGAGAUGCAAUGGGAACAGCUUACGACUUAAGGGACAAGGAUACAUGUCCGUGUUAUAAUAAUUUUAUAAAAAAAACAGAUCUUGAAUUAUUAGAAUUAAUUUGUGAAGCUAUUAAAAAUCAAAUAAAAUGUUUAAAAAAUUCGGUUUACGAUGAAACAUACAAAGAAAAAACAUUGGAAAAGGAGCUUAAAGAAGCAGAGUUAAAGCUAAAUAGAAUUACAAAAAAAAAGCGGCAAUAA